CCCCGCUGGGACCGCUACCUGCCGGUGCAGCUGGUGCCGCAGCUGGAGCAGCUGGAACAGCUGGAGGCCGCCGGGGCCCGGCGCCACCGCCCGCGCUCCUGCCCCGCUCUGUCGCUGCGCUCCGGGCUCCACAGCAAAAUCCACGAGCGCUCCCUGUCCCCGUGGCGCUACCGCAUCGACGUGGACGAGAACCGCUACCCACGCAAGCUGGCGUUCGCCGAGUGCCUGUGCGGCGGCUGCGUGGAUGCCAAAAGCGGCCGGGAGACCACGUCGCUCAACUCGGUGGCGAUCCACCAGACCAUGCUGGUGCUGCGGCGCAAGCCGUGCCCGCUGCCCGCGCUGCCGGGCCGCUUCGAGCUGGAGGUCGCGUACAUCCAGGUGCCCGUGGGCUGUACCUGCGUCCUGCCCCGCACCGUGCGCUGAGCCCCCGCGCCGGCACCGCCCCCACGCGUGACCGUGUCACCGCCCGGCCCCCGCCCGUGCUUGUUUUAGAGCACCCGACCCCGCCAGGG